UAGAGUUUUAAAGUGAGAAAAAUACAAGAGAAAAUAAUAAUAAUAUGGUACUCUUUAAAAAUUUCUCUUUUUUCGUAGUUGUUAUAUCUUUGGUGGUAGGAAAAUCAAAGUGUCGUCAUAGCUCAGUUCCAGUUGUGCCUGGUUUAUCAUACUCACAUUAUCAAAAUAGUUGCCCUGAUUUGGAAUACAUUAUUAGGGAUCAUCUUUGGGAGGUUUUUAAUCGUGAUAUAACGCAAGCAGCUGCUUUACUCCGUCUUCAUUUCCAUGAUUGCUUUGUUCAGGGAUGUGAUAGUUCAGUACUUCUUGAUGGUUCACCUAGUAGUCAAGGUGAAAAGGAUGCACCUCCAAAUUUGACGCUAAGGCUUGAGGCAUUUAGAAUUAUAAAUGAUCUUCGUGCUCAUGUGCAUUACUAUUGUGGCCGAGUGGUAUCUUGUGCUGAUAUCCUUACCCUUGCAGCUCGUGAGUCUGUUUAUCAGGCAGGUGGACCUUUCUACAAUGUUCCCUUAGGAAGAAAGGAUGGCCUAAGCUUUGCUUCAAGAAACGAAACACUAGCCAAUCUACCACCACCCGUUUUCAACACUACACAACUUAUCAACGCCUUCGCCGCCAAAAGCUUAAACACCACGGAUCUCGUGGCCCUCUCGGGAGCCCACACGAUCGGACUCGCCCAUUGCAACUCCUUCACCAAUAGACUCUACCCUACUCAAGACCCUACCAUGGACCAAACAUUUGCUAACAACCUUAAACUCGUUUGCCCUACAAAUACCACUAAUCGGACUACAAAUUUGGACAUUCGUACUCCUAAUGAAUUCGAUAACAAGUAUUAUGUCAACCUUAUGAACCGUCAAGGCUUAUUCACCUCCGAUCAAGAUUUACAUACCGAUUCAAGGACAAGGGGCAUUGUCACGAGUUUUGCUACGAACCAAGACUUGUUCCAUGAAAAAUUCAUCGACGCAAUGGUGAAAAUGGGCCAAAUUAGUGUAUUGACCGGGACACAAGGCGAAAUUCGUGCAAAUUGUUCAGCAAGGAAUACUCGUACUAAUUUUGAUCUCGAGUCUAUGGUGGAAGAGGAUCAAGAACAAAAACAAUUGGCACAAUAUUAAGGAUUAUGUUCGUAAAACAUCUUCUAAGUCGGGUUAGAUUGUAACGAUAUUAGUAUGUUUGGCCAGCUUGUUACUUCAAGUUUAAAGAUCGAUGUCUUGUCGUAUGUGUUUUAGUACGUAUGAUGUUAUGUAAUGAAUUAAAUGGAAUAUUGUCUUAAGGAUUUCCAGGCUCUAAAUAAAGGAUUGUAUUCAUGUUA